AUGUGGGCAUACGGACUGCUACUGAGGCGGGGGAAACCGACGCCCCCGGCGGGGGAAACCGACGCCCCCGGCGGGGGAAACCGACGCCCCCGGCGGGGGAAACCGACGCCCCCGGCGGGGGAAACCGACGCCCCCGGCGGGGGAAACCGACGCCCCCGGCGGGGGAAACCGACGCCCCCGGCGGGGGAAACCGACGCCCCCGGCGGGGGAAACCGACGCCCCCGGCGGGGGAAACCGACGCCCCCGGCGGGGGAAACCGACGCCCCCGGCGGGGGAAACCGACGCCCCCGGCGGGGGAAACCGACGCCCCCGGCGGGGGAAACCGACGCCCCCGGCGGGGGAAACCGACGCCCCCGGCGGGGGAAACCGACGCCCCCGGCGGGGGAAACCGACGCCCCCGGCGGGGGAAACCGACGCCCCCGCCAGCCUCUGGCUGAAGCUAAUUCUGCUGGUGUUGGUGAGGGCAGUCAUGGGAGUCCCUGUAAUUCCCACCACUUCACGGCAUAA